CACACACACACACACACAGACACACACACACACACACACACACACACACACACACACACACACACACACACACACACACACACACACACACACACACACACACAGACACCCGCGCGCGCGCGCGCUCACACGCGCUCACAAGCUCUAGGGCUCACACACACUUUAGACAUACAGACGCUCUGUGCUCGGUGUCAGCGGCGCAUGUAGGACCACGGAGCACCAGCUGGGACUGUAACCCCGAACCGGACCCACCAUGGACCUUUUCGAAUUCGACUUUUUCAGAGAUUGGGAGCUGGAGCAACCAUGCCACGUGGAGUCGGAGCGCAGUGCCCUGAAGAGGCGGGAGUGGGAGAGGAGGACCCAGGAGGUGCAGCAGGAUGAAGACCUCUUCUCCACCGGAUUCAACCUGUUUGGGGAACCCUACAAGACCAACAAGGGUGACGCGCUGGCCAACCGCGUCCAGAGCACGCUGGGCUCGUACGAGGAGAUGAAGGACCUGCUGACCAGCCACUCCAACCAGAGCCACCUGGUGGGCAUCCCCAAGGGCGGGGCGGCGGCCAACGGCCUGCAGGCGGCCCCCGGCUCCGUCGCCGCGGCGUCCGACCGCCCGGGCCCGCUCGCCCUGUCCCAGCAGGGCCUGCUCUUCACCGAGGGACUGAGAGGAGGUGCAAUGGACGGAGGAGAAGGAGGAGGAGGAGGAGGAGGAGGAGGAGGAGGAGGAGGAGGACAGGAGAAGGAGAACCCAAACUGUUUGCUGUCGUCUUCCACCAGCGCCGCACCGGCGUCCAUACAGACACUCCUCUCUUCAUCCUCCUCCUCCUCCUCUUCCUCCUUCCUGUCCUGCGGGGCCCCCUCGUCGUCGCUGGGCCCCGAGGGGCCCCCGGCCCAGCCCGGCUGCAAGAGGAGCACCUCCUCCCGGGGGGGCCCGGCGGACUGGGCCAGGGGGCCCCACGGGACGGGGGCCCCGGGGAGCGGCCUGGUCCUGGGGCUCCCCGCCCGCAGUGGCGGCGGGGGGGGGGCGGGGUCAGGGGUCGCGGGGGGGAGGAGUAAGCCCACGACCACGGCGGCCAUGACCACGACGACCCUCCUGGACGGGGCCCAGCUGCAGCGGCACGAGGAGCUGUUCAGCUCGCUGAAGGACGAGCUGGGCCUGAAGGGGGACUCUAGCCCCUCGGGGUCGUCCACCUCCUCCUCCUCUUCCUCCUCCUCUUCCUACUCGUCCUCCUCGGGGAGGAGGCAUGCGUCUCAUCCGUCCAAACCCCCCUCCUUCCCAGACAGAGUCUCCGCCCUGGACGGCCACUUCAAGCCUGCCAGCGUCGCAGAGAGCAGCGCCCACGCCAAACCCUCGCCCUCCGAGAUCGAGAUGGGCGCCGCCUUCUCCACCUCCUCCCCAUUGGCCUCUACCUCCGUUCUGACCACGCCCACCCCCGGCUUGACCACUCCCACGUCCUGCUUGACCACGCCCACGUUCCCGCCAGGGCCCUGUCUGUCGGGGAAGCCCACGGCGGUCCAGCAGAAGCCCACGGCGUACGUCCGGCCGAUGGACGGCCAGGACACGGCGCCCAGUGACUCCCCCCAGCUCAAGCCCCCCCUGGUGGUCCCCGAGGGGUACGGCAACAGCCAGCCGCUGGGCGGGAACGCGGUCAACACCAAGAACAAGCUGCCCAAGCUGAGCCUGGGCCACACCGGAGAGGUAGGAAUGCCCAACGACUCCAGCUGCGUGGAGGAGAUCCUGCGGGAGAUGACCCACUCCUGGCCUCCGCCCCUCACUGCCAUACACACUCCAGGCAAAGCUGAGCAGACCAAGUUCCCCAUCCCAAACAAGGAGUCCCAACAUGUGAUCUCAGGCUACAGCACCCAGAAAAGAUGCACUGUACCAGCUAAUAAGCCUGCCACCAAGCCACCAGCUGCCCCACAGAAAUCGAUGCUGGAGGAUGAUUUGAAGAUCAGCAGUGAUGAAGAUGAUACUGACCAGAAGGUGACUGAAAAGCCCAAAGCCAGAAGCACUGCGCUCAGCGGGGCGUCAGCAAGUAGCAGCGAAUCAGAGAGCAGCUCCGAGUCGGACACUGACGAAUCAGAGACCAGCUCGAGUGACAGCGAGUAUAACCCCGCCUCCCGCGUCAAUACCCCAGAGCCGGAACCUCCGUCCGCAAACAAGUGGCAGCUGGACAGCUGGCUGAACAAGGUCCAGCCCCAGAGCAAGCCCCUGGGACCCCCGCAGCCGGAGCACCCCCACACAGGCACCGUCACCCUGGGAUCUGUGAGCUUCUCCCCAGGGCGGGAGGCCCUGGGGCUGGGGACGACCGGCAAGACGAAGCCCUGCGCCCCCAACCCCCCCACCCUGGCCCCGGCGCAGCCCGCGGACCAAAAGGACCCCCGGCCCCUCUUCUGCUCUUCAGGCAGAGAGAAGGCCAAGGGCAAGCAGGUCCCGAAGGCCACAGCAGAGGGUCAGAGGUCGUGCAAGAUGCGUCUGUCGCCGGCGGUGCCAUCGGGCCCCGAGGGGCCGGCCUCCAGGAGGACCACCACGGGCAAGAAGCAGCCCCGGAGAACCGAGAGGGCCGGCAGCCUGGAGGAACCGCAGAACCACAGCCAGCCCCCCUGGACCAGAGCCAAGGAGGAACCGCAGAACCUCAGCCAGCCCGCCUGGACCAGAGCUCACCAGCACAGCCCAGCCGCAAGGGAUAAAGAGCUGCCAGCCCCCCCCAGCUCGGAGACCCAGAGCGUGACCCGGCCACGGGGGCCCAAGACCCCCACCGGCAGCAAGUCGGCCCCCAGGAAAGAACCCAGGGGCAGCACCACUGGCCCCGCCACCACGGCCCCGCCACCAGCACCCACACCCCAGCUUACCCCCGCCGCAAUGCCUGCUGGGAGUCUGAGUCAGGACAAGCGCAAGCACCGCGGCCCCAGCAGCAAAAUCACGCCAAAGUCCCGGGAGUUCAUCGACACGGACUCCUCCUCUUCCUCCUCCUCCUCGCCGGAAUGCCACUCCGACCCGGAGGGCGGGGCCAAGCUCCCAGCCGCCCCGCGCGCGGCUCAGAGCAUAGCGACGGUCGCUAACGCCCAGGCACACUCGCUAGCACCCUCGUUCCCCGAACGCCCCCCCGGCGGUAAGGGGGCGUUCGGGGGCAAAGGACUCCGGGUCAAAGACCACGGCGGUUCCGCGGCCGUCGGCGGCGCAGCGAGCAGCAGCAGCGCCGGCAGUAAGAACAGCAUUAGCAUCAGCAUCAGCAGCAGCAGCAGUGGCAGCACCAGCGCCUCUAGUGGCGGCUGUCUGUCCCUGAACCUCCCGGACCUCGGCGGGGCGUUCAGCACCUCGGCCCCCGAGCCCGGGGGGUCCAGGGGGAAGCAGUGCAAGGACCCGGACCCCCUGUCCCCCCCUCCCACCCUGGGCCACGACCCGCCCCUGUCCCCGCUCCGAGAGCCCCCCGAGUGCCAGAGACUCUGGGUGAAGAUUGAACUGAGCCUGCUGGGCAGGGUGCCCGGCCAGGGGCCGGGGUCCGGGGGCCCGCCGGCGGGCGGGGAGAGGUCGAGGGCGGGGGAGAGGCUUGGCGCCGGGGAGAAGGACAGAGAGAGGCUGAAGCAGGAGGAGAGAGACUGGCCCCCCGUGCUGAAGGAGAGGGAGAAGGACAGAGAGAGGCUGAAGCAGGAGGAGAGAGACUGGCCCCCCGCCGUGAAGGAGAGGGAGAAGGACAGAGAGAGGCUGAAGCAGGAGGAGAGAGACUGGCCCCCCGUGGUGAAGGAGAGGGAGAAGGACAGAGAGAGGCUGAAGCAGGAAGAGAGAGAGUGGCCCCCCGUGCUGAAGGAGAGGGAGAAGCCGGGCCGGCCGCUGCAGAGAGAGAGAACGGAGGAGGAGGAGGAGAGAGAGAGGGACACGCAGGAGCCAGAGGGGCAGAGGGAGACAAGGCAAGGCGAGCGAGAGGAAGGGCGGGAACGCCCGGCGCCCGGGGAACGGGACAGGGAGCGGGCCGCGACGCGGGACAAGGAGAAGCCGUGCCAAAUCUCGGGGGGCCGCGACGACAUCCCCACACAGGAACAGGGCCCCGCCCCGCCCUGGCCGCCCAGACGGGCGGAGAAGGCGGAGAACAGCAGCAAACACAAGAGGCAGGCGGCCGGCCAUGCCCCCGCCCCCACGGAGAAACACAGCAGCAAGAGCAAGAGGAAACACAAGUCGGAUCACAGCGAGCCGUCAGUCAACGGAAGCAAGAGGCUCCGAUUGGACAAAGACUGCAAGCUCCUCCCACCCUGCAUCUCCCCCAUACACACACACAAGAACGGCCCCACAGGCUCUCUAAACAGGAAGCAGUCUCGGCGCCGUGACGACAAGCUCCUCCCUCCCCUCCUAACCCCGCUGUCCGAUGACCCGCCUCCUCCUCCACCUCCUCCACCUCCUCCUCCUCCUCCUCCUCCAGUCUCUCGGAAGCGCACCUGUGACGUGGGGCCCUCCCUCGGACAGGAGACCGGCUCCUCUUCCUCCUCCUCCUCCUCCUCCUCCUCCUCCUCCUCACAUAGGCACCGGAGGGCUGAAGCCAAGGCCAAAAACACCAGCGAGGUGGAGGGCUAUGGCCACAAGCCCUGCGGAGACGGUUACCAUGCCAACGGGACCUCGGAAGCGGAGCCAACGUUUUCCGAACCGCCGUUGGAGCCCCCGGAAUCGGGCCGACCCAGGCUGGCGUUUAGUGACAGUGUCCACACCGCAGACUUCUACAUGCAGGAGGCCAAGAGGCUCAAGCACAAAGCUGAUGCUCUGAUGGAGAAGUUCGGGAAGGCGGUGAACUACGCGGACGGCGCCCUCUCCUUCAUCGAGUGCGGGAACGCCAUGGAGCGGGAUCCCCUGGAGGCCAAGUCCCCCUACACCAUGUACUCGGAGACCGUGGAGCUCAUCAGGUACGCUCUGAGGUUAAAGAAUUUCGCCAGCCACACAGCGAGUCUCCCCGAGAAGAAGCUGGCUGUCUUAUGCAACCGAUGUCUGUCUCUGCUGUACCUGAGGAUGUUCCAUCUGAAGAAAGACCAUGCCGUCAAGUACUCCCGCUCACUCAUGGAAUAUUUCAAGAACUCCACAAAGAGCUCCCAGCAGGCCCCCUCGCCCUGGAGGACCAAUGGGAAGGUGAACGGCACCCCGUCCCCCCUCUCCCUCAGCCCCUCCCCCGCGGGCAGCGGGGGCGAUAGGGGCGGGGCCGGCGGUAGCUCCUCCUCCUCGGGCAGUGUGGCCAUCCCCCAGCGCAUCCACCACAUGGCGGCCAGCCACGUCAACAUCACCAACAACAUCCUGCGCAGCUACGAGCACUGGGAGACCGCCGAGAGGCUGGCCGCGCCCGGCAAGGAGUUCUUCCAGGAGCUGGAGGCGAUGAUGGAGCCUCUGACCCAGCAGAGUAGCAUGACGGAGCUGGUGCGCUACGUCAGGCAAGGGCUCCACUGGCUGCGGCUAGAGGCCAACCUACUGUAAAGCAUGGACUCCCACUCUCUCUCUCUCUCUCUCUCUCCCUCUCUCUCUCUCUCUCUCUCUCUCUCUCUCUCCCCCAUCACCACCCCUCGUCCCCCGCAGUAGGGAGUUAUAUUUUUACUGAGCUGUGUUUUUUUUAUUUAUUUUUUUGGCCUGGGAACUAGAACUGGGACAAUGGGUCAGGUGUGGUUUCUAAAUGAACAAUAAUAAUCGUAGUAAUAUUCAUGAUAAUAAUAAGCACUUCCUUCUGCUGGAGGAGAGCAGCUGGAGACUGGCUCCGAGAUCACCCUCAGAACGCAGGAGCUAAUGGCAUCCCCCCCUAGCCCCCCCCACCACCACCACCACCACACACACACACACACACACACGCCCUUAAAAAUACGCUUCAAAUGUAUUUUCAAAAUUGCAAUUUUGCUACAAAGGGACUCAAAAUGGCUGCCGGGGGGGAGCCAUUGUCUGGCGUGCGUUGUCGUGCGAUGGGGAACAAGCCCCUUCAAAUCUGUGCUUUUGAGAGGCUAGAAAAUGCCUUUUGGAUCAUUGACUAACACACGGCGGACAAAAAGCAGCCUCAUCAACGCAGGCCUCCGUGAGCGUUCAUACGAGGGCGCCAGCGCGCGGUUAACAACCACAAUCCUCUGGUUUUCUGCGGUGCCGUUUGCCGCGGCGGGGGUUCAGAAUGUACAAGCUGGAGGAUAUUUCCAAUGCAGUUGGAAUUUUUGUUUCAUGUCUUUCACACCUGACUCGGGAUAAUAAUUUGCUUCAAAUGACCAUUCCUGGAAGAGGAAAUGUCACUGCAGUGUUAUUGUGCCGCGGGGCUGUUUUUGAAUAUCCCUGAAAUGCAACAGCUAUCCGAGCACUAUGUUAUUUACUAUAACUAACGGAAGGGGCGAAUACAAAGGGACUGCAGCAGUCCGCAACAGCAGUAUCAAAAGGAUUUCCCUUGCUUCAAACCCCAAUAGCACAAACAACACUGAAUUAGAACAAACUUUUAGCUCACUAAAUAUUGACCUGUUAUUUGGUAUUAGUCAGUGUGUCUCUGUCAUGGCUGCUGAGGCAUCCGGCUGUGAUACCAGCUCAUCCCUUAAGCGAGCCAGGCAGACCCGUUGUGCAGAGACUGUGAGCAGGCAGGGGCUUAAGUGCCAACGCGCAGGUUGCUUAAUAAAGCGAAGGGGAACAUGUCACAAAUGCUCCUUUUCUUUUUAACCUAAAAUCACAAAUUUGUGCAAUGCAAAGUGUGGAAGUGUGACCAAAAAGCCACACUUCCAGGUGAGAGCAACACUAGAGCUAGAGCGAACGCACAAAGAAUGGUUAUGUGGGAGAGGCUGGAGCCUGGCGGCCCAUUCAACGUUAUUUAAUCAUCGCUGUGGCAACCUGAGCCUCUGUAGUUUCCCCUUGAAGCCAGAAGGGGCAGCGGCGUAUCAGUCCUGUUAGCAGGACGGGUUUCCAGC